ACUGUGCCGGCAGCUGAUUGGUCUACAGACAGCAGGUGAGCGGUGCUGACAGGUGAGAAUCCUGAAGCCUUCAUUCAUAAUUCAGCAGCUUGACUUUGUGUCUCUGACAGAGGAAACUCCGACAGGCUGAGGGUGAGUUCAAAGUCUCACAACAACAACACAAACACACAUUUAUUUAUUUGUUUAUUGAUUGAUUAUUGAUUAAUGAUGAUGUCAUUAUUUGUCCUGGCGUUACCUUGUGAUUUCAGACUGAAACUCGUCAUGGAUCUGGACAGCAUCGAGGGACUGAAUGAAAUCCGCCCGUCCAUCUACAGAGUGGCCAUGAAGCUCCUGUCUCUGCAGAGACUCUGUCACCUGGACGUGGUGACCGUUCGACACAUCACGGCAGCCCUCCACUCACAGCAGGAAGUGGAGCUGAACCGGCAGGAAGUGACCCAGACUCUGGACAGUAUGUUCCACAGUGUGUCACAGGACGUUCCGGGUCAUGUGACGGUGGCGGCUCCAGAGGAGACGUGCAGUCUGAUGUUCAAACUCAACGACCGGACUCAGUCUGGUUUCAUAUCAGCGGUGUCUCUUCAAACAUCUCUCAUCGCUCUGUCAGCUGAAACUCUGUUGGGAAAAUACAGAGCUGUGGUCCGUGUUGCCGGGGACGGUUCAGGAUCUGUCAGCAGGUCUGGAGUCAGGUCUGUGCUGCAGGACCUCAGCCAGGUCCCUGCGGCGGUGCAGGAGGAGGGAGUGUUUGGUGAAGUGGAGGCGGCAGUGAGGUCGUGUUUUAACUGGGUGCUGACGCCAAAGGCCACUGAAGAACACGUGUUGGCGUGGCUGCAGAAUGAGCCACGCCUGUUGCUAUGGUUACCCACUUUGUAUCGCCUGUCCGUCAGUCAGAGUGUCAGUCACACUGUCCGCUGCCACACCUGCAAGACCCUGCCCAUCACGGGACUCAGGUAUCGCUGCAUGAAGUGUGUGAACGUCCACCUGUGUCAGAGCUGCUUCCUGACGGACAGACAAACGAGGAAACACAAGACUUACCACCCAGUGCUUGAGUUCUGCACACAGCCCACCUGGAAGGAAUCUCUUUCCUCGUUAGUGCACAGCGCUCGACACGCCCUGUUGCCACGGCAAUACACUCAGAGAGAGGUCGACAGGAGGAGGGUCCUGAUGUGGGCGGAGCCAGGUCAGACUCAGGACAGUGCUCCGCCCCCCUCUGACGCCUCAACACGACUGGCUGCCUCAGCCGUCAGUCACGGUCAGGCGCGACCUCCUACCUGCUCGUUUUCAUCCAAAGCUCUGCAGACUGACGAGGAGACACCGACUCAGGAGCUGAAGGCGUCUGCUCUGCUCACUGAGGUCAGAAACCUGCAGAGAGACAAAUGGCUGAUGGAGCAGCAGCUGCAGGCGUGGAGGCUCACCGUCCAAUCAGAGCAGAGCAUCCUGGAGGACAGGUGCUCCGAGAUGGAGGUUACCAUGGAAACACUGAGAGAACACAACCUCCGUCUGCAGAGCACGCUCACACAGGCUCUGAACAAGAUGGAGGCCCAGGAACGCACGGACAACCCGCCACAGAGCCUUGACCAGGAGAACAUGGAGAACACGGAGAGAGCAAACUUUACACCAACUUCUGACACAGAGAUAAACACAGAAGAGGAAGACGAAGUGCUGCUGAAGACUGAAGACGAGUGGAGCGAAGAACUACAAACUCCAUCCCCCACAAUUCACCAGGACACACUUCUGACACAUGACACCAACUGUGAGGAAGAAGAGGAGGAGUCCGCAGGUGGCUGGUUUCUCUGUCAUCCUUUAGUACAACAGGACAGAGCGGAGGAGGCGGAGCCACAGGAGGAGGACACCGGUCUGUCUGAAGAGGAAGAGGAGGCUUGUGGGAUGUGUAGUCCAGAGGAGCUACUGCAGGAGACUGUAGAGAGACUGAAGACUGUGAUGGAGACAGACAGAUGGAGACAGAGACAGACAGGUGAGAGCAAGAGGGAGGAGCUUCUGGAGGCUGCAGACCAGGUGGGAGACUCGAUACACCACCUGGUGGACGCUGUCAGAACUGACACACACUGACAACUUUGUGUUCAGGUUACAAAAAGCUGUUU